GGAGCGUAGCAGCGUCGCUACGCGCGUGCUACGGCUCGUCCUCGUAGAAAAGCACGUGUACUACGGAAUACAAAGAUGUGGACGUCGAUGUGGUUUACCAGUGUCCUCGCAAUCUUGGUCGCUGAUAUAAGAACUGGCGCUAUUCAAAACAAAGAAAUCGAGGGCCGACAAUGCUAUCAGUGUCCGAUUGCAAACACUACAGCGUGCUUUCAACAGAAAGUCGCUGUUUCGUGUCCUCCUGAACAACCAUACUGCGGCACCGUGGCUGUUGGACCUCGUUUCGAUUCGUUGCUCAAAUGUUUGCCCAAAUUCAAGAGUUCGUGCUCAAUGAAACUUACAUCGAAUUCGAUACUCGAAUUAUCAUGCGCUUGUUCAGGUGUAUUGUGCAAUGCACCUUUCACAAAAACCACUCAAACCCGAUUACAGGAAUUCGCAAAAUCCAAUACUGUAGGCAACAGUAGUGAUGUAACAAAAGCGUUUUACAAAUAUUUCAAACUAGAGAAUGCAACUGAUGCUUACAAAGCGGUAACCAAUAAUGAAGAAGUAAAGACCACGGCUAGUUAUACAACGAUAUCGACUGUUACAAAAUUAAAUGAUGUGUUGAUUAUAAAUACGAAUCAGUCAAAUGAAAUUGAUCUUCCUCAUGCUGAACCAUUGAAGCACGAAGCGACUGUACCCCCUGAUGAUGAUGAAGAUGAAACAGAAGGAAGUGGGAACUAUGAUGAUACAAAAACUCCCAAAAAUACAGUCUCUGCUCCCGCCGCACCAAGUUCUUUUCUACCAGCCGAAGAAAACAAAGCUUCCAAAGUAGUUCAAAACAUAUUAUUUAUUAUACCUCUACUUACUUUACUCUAGAUUGUAAAUACAAUAAAAAUUUAGAAACAUUU